AUGGACUUUUCGUCGCUCACCGGCAAGAAAGGCGCUUCGUCCGCCGAGCAAAAAGAUGCUAUUAAGCAGCGUGUCGCAAACGAGAUCGCGAUGGCCAACGCGCAGCAGCUGAUCGGCAAGGCGACAGACAAGUGCUACCUGAAGUGUGUGACGGCGCCCGGCCAGUCGCUCAGUGGCAAGGAGCAGACGUGCGUGGAGCGCUGCUUGGAGCGCUACUUUGAGGCAUUCAACAUUGUGAGCGCGACCUAUGUGCGCCGCGUUGCUGCGGAACGCGCUACGGGCGCUCUGCAGGAGAUGUAA